UUGUCCCGUGAACGCAAAUGUCAGUGUUGUUUUGCAGAGUGAAUCGAUUGCAUUCAGAAAGCAUUCUAAAUGCACUUAAAAGUCGUCAAUUUGUGAAUAUAUUUACAUAUUCAGCCAUGUCUGAGCGAAAAGAAAACCCCGAUAAUGAAAAAGUCUCGAAGGAAGAGAAAGCAGAAGAAAAACCAUCAACUUCCAGAUCAUCAGAGCUGAUGAACGAUGUGGAGGCUAUCCGGAACUACUUGGCAGAGAAGUUGAAUCUCUUCUCUGGAAAUCUGAAGGAUGAUGACGAUACAGAUGCCAGGAGGCCGCCAAAGGUGCUGGACAAGGUGGAUUUCGACGGACUCAUGGACCAUUGGAAGGAGAAGGGCUUCAAGAACAUCGUAACAAUGGUGGGAGCUGGAAUUUCCACCUCUGCAGGAAUACCCGACUUCCGAUCCCCAGACACUGGACUCUAUAGCAACCUCCAGAAGUACAAUUUGCCGUAUCCCACGGCAAUUUUCGAACUGGACUACUUCAUUGACAAUCCGCAGCCCUUCUUCACGCUCGCCAAGGAGCUCUAUCCGGGCACCUUCAAGCCCACUCCCUGUCACUACUUCGUGAAGCUGCUGCACGACAAGGGCUGGCUCAAGCGACACUACACGCAGAACAUUGACACCCUGGAGAGGAUUGCUGGCGUUCCCGGCGAGAAGAUGGUGGAAGCUCACGGGACGUUCUACACGAACCACUGUCUGGGCUGCCACAAGGCCUUCUCGAUGGAGUGGAUGAAGGAGGAGAUCUUCGCCGAUAGAGUUCCCACCUGCACGGAGUGCAAUGGUGUGGUGAAGCCAGACAUUGUGUUCUUUGGCGAGAACCUCCCAGAGUCUUUCCACCAGCUUCCCGCUAAAGACUUCAAGGACUGCGAUCUUCUUAUAAUCAUGGGAACAUCGCUGGAAGUGCAGCCCUUCGCCUCUCUUCCAGACCGCGCCAGCGACAGCUGCGUCCGCUUGCUGGUCAAUCGGGAGCUCGUGGGGAAUAAAGACUCCAUCUGGAGUCUGUUUUCGCGUGGCGCCGGUCGAAUGGAGUUCGGCAUGCCGGAGAGUCGUCGGGACGUGGCCUGGCUGGGUGACUGUGAUGAGGGAGUGCAGCUGAUCGCCGACAAGCUGGGCUUCGGCGAUGAAUUGCGCGCCCUGGUGAAGAAGGAGCACGAACGGAUUGACGGAGAAGUUGAGAAGAGCAAGAUUUAA